GAGGACAGAAAACGAAUCGGUCUCCUUCUAGCUGAAUCGCCCAGGAGCUGAACCCGGCGCAGCAGAUGCUCAGUGCAGGCGGAAUGAAUGAAAAAAUAGGUACAAGGAAAUGCUAGAUCUGGUGAUCUCACCCAGCCUCACUGUAAACAGCGAUUGUCCGGGUAAACUGAAGCUUAGCCGCACCGACGCCGAUGUCUGGACUCUGAGUGACAUAGAAGGCGUCACCUCAUCGGCCCCUCCGAGCGUGUCUCCGCUCUUCGCAAGAUCUUGUCCACGUGUCCUGCACAGCCAGCCUCCCACGGCCAUGGCAGCCUACGGCCAGACACAGUACAGUGCAGGGGUCCAGCCAGCUGCCCCUUAUACCACUUACCCACCUCCGGCACAAGCCUAUGGAAUCCCUUCUUACAGUAUCAAGACAGAAGACAGCUUGAACCAUUCCCCCAGCCAGAGUGGAUUCCUCAGCUACGGCUCCAGCUUCAGCACCCCACCCACUGGACAGAGCCCGUACACCUACCAGAUGCACGGCACAGCGGGGAUCUAUCAAGGAGCAAACGGGCUGACCAACGCGGCUGGAUUCGGAAGUGUGCACCAGGACUAUCCUUCCUACCCUGGCUUCCCUCAGGGCCAGUAUUCCCAGUAUUACAGCUCGUCCUACAGCCCUCCUUAUGUCCCGGCCAGCAGCAUCGGCCCUUCCCCACUGUCCACGUCUACCUACGUCCUCCAGGAGACACCGCACAGCGCCCCCAGUCAGAGUUCCGAGUUGCUUGGCGGCGAAUACAACACCCACAACGGACCUUCCACGCCGGCAAAGGAGGGAGACGCAGACAGGCCGCACCGGGCCUCCGACGGGAAGCUCCGAGGCCGGUCGAAGCGGAGCAGCGACCCCUCCCCAGCGGGGGACAGUGAGAUCGAGCGUGUGUUCGUGUGGGAUUUGGAUGAAACGAUAAUUAUUUUUCACUCCUUACUCACCGGGACUUUUGCAUCCAGAUACGGGAAGGACACCACGACGUCUGUGCGCAUCGGCCUGAUGAUGGAAGAAAUGAUCUUCAACCUUGCAGAUACCCACCUGUUCUUCAACGACCUGGAGGAUUGCGACCAGAUCCACGUUGACGACGUCUCAUCCGAUGACAACGGGCAAGAUUUAAGCACAUACAACUUCUCCGCCGACGGCUUCCACAGCUCGGCCCCGGGAGCCAACCUGUGCCUGGGCUCCGGCGUCCACGGCGGCGUGGACUGGAUGAGGAAGCUGGCCUUCCGCUACCGGCGGGUGAAGGAGAUGUACAACACGUACAAGAACAACGUCGGUGGCUUGAUAGGAGCUCCCAAAAGAGAGACUUGGCUACAGCUCAGAGCCGAGCUGGAGGCUCUGACCGACCUCUGGCUGACCCACUCUCUAAAGGCGCUCAACCUCAUCAAUUCCCGGCCCAAUUGUGUCAACGUGCUGGUCACCACCACUCAACUAAUUCCUGCCCUGGCCAAAGUCCUGCUGUAUGGACUGGGCUCCGUGUUUCCUAUUGAGAACAUCUACAGUGCAACCAAGACAGGGAAGGAGAGCUGUUUCGAGAGGAUAAUGCAGAGAUUCGGCAGAAAAGCCGUCUACAUCGUGAUCGGUGACGGCGUCGAAGAGGAGCAGGGGGCAAAAAAGCACAACAUGCCCUUCUGGAGGAUAUCCUGCCACGCCGACCUGGAGGCGCUGCGGCACGCCCUGGAGCUGGAGUAUCUAUAGCAGGACCCCCGGCCUCGCCACCUGCCACCCCGGGUGCCUCCCACCCACCCGGGGCCCUCGCCUCCCCCGCCUCCUCGCCAGACGCCGGACCCCGGGCGCGGGCCCCGCGGCCGAGGGGACGUGCCUGGCGACCAUCUCAGAAGCCGUCCUUGCGGUCCACGUGGGUCCUGAGACGCAGAGUGCCCGGCAGGGGCUUUGGGAUAUUUAACUUCGGAGGAAAGGGCUGGCUGGGAGUCCGGGCUUUUCCACAAGACUCAACGGAACAAAACGACUUAUUGCUGAUUUGGGGGAGGGCUGGCGGCGAGGAGGGGGACGGGCUUGGGUUUUACUUUUCCUUUUUAAUUUAUGGACUGAUCUCACUACUCCGGUAUUACGCUCUCGUGCCUGUGUUGUCGGUUUUCUUAGUCGUUGGCUGGGCUUGGUUUUCUAAACUGGCAUGCGGAGCCGUGCAGUUCUAACUGAAGCGCUCUCGGCUCCAAGUUGUGCUUUGGGGGGACAAUCAUUCCUUGAACAAUUGGUGAGGGAGGCGAUUCGGGGCUGAUGGGAAGACGGUUGCUUAUCUUUGUUUUUAAGGACCUAACCUGACGUCAUGUGGACAGUGCACGUGCCUUAUGCUGCCAUCUUGUUUUCUAGGGGGAGGGGACCCUGGGGAGGCGGCGGUACUUUGUGACAGAUAAAAGGCAUUAAAUAAACCCACGUUUACAUUUUGAAGUGG